GCUAAGCUUGAUUGAACAAAGGGGCAAAAUAUUUGUGUCCUAAUGAUUGUAUUGGAUCAUAUGUAACUGACAGGGAAACCAGAAAAGUGAAUGACAGCAUUUGGAUACCCAGGCAAUGUCCGUGAAAACUGAACAAACUCCAGGGAACUCAGAGAAGAUGGUCCGCAUAAGAAUUGUGAAGGAACUGCCAGACAAGACACCUGCUGCCUCCAAAUCAGGAAGUCAUAGCUGUGACCACUGUCAACUUAUCUUCCCCACUGCAACGCAAUUAAAGAUACACCUUCUGGAGUUUCACAUGGACGAGGCAACCAACAGCUGUAAGGACUGCUUCAGGACGUUCCAACGAGUGGAGGCACUCCAAAGACAUGUCAUGGAACGCAUCUGUGUCUCCAAGCGCGUCGUGCCGUGCCCGUACUGCGCCGCCCCGUUCCCGAACCGCUCCAAGCUGGCCACGCACGUGUCCACGGUGCACCUGCGCGCGCCGCGCUCGGUGCUGUGUGACGCGUGUGGCGCCGUGUUCAGUCGGCGCGGCGCGCUGCACCGCCACCUGGACACCAUGCACGGCGGGCGCGCCGGCGGCCCUGGCGGCGGCCCGGUGGCGCCGCGCCGCUGCCCGCUCUGCCCGGCCGCCUUCCGCGCCGUGGAUAACCUGCAGCGCCACCUGGUCAGCCGACACGCCAACUGGAAGCGCUGGAUGUGCUCGCUGUGCCGCCAGACGUACAACCACAGCGUCGACCUGAAGCGGCACGUGCUGAAGAAACACGGACUGGUGCUGCCGGCCAUCACGGGCAGGAGGAAAAAGAACAUUCUGGAUAUGCACGUGCUGCCCGGGCCGGCCGAGGCGGCGCCGCUGCCGCCAGCGCUGGCGGAGCGGCAGCGCCAGCUGCGCCGGCUGCUGGCUAUGGUGCCGACGGGCCGCUACGACCCGGAGCUGCUGGCCGUGUUCGGCCGGCUGCCGCUGGCCAGGCCGGGCGUCAAACAGGCGCAGCCUGGCGCUGAGCUGACGGCCGAGCUGGCCGCCGAGCCCGAGCCGGUCCCGGUGGACGGAGACCUCACCGAGCCGGUCCCGGCCGACGGAGACCUCACCGAGCCGCGCGUCGAGGUGCAGUUCGUGGAGCGGUGUCCUCUCGACACGCCCGAACACGUCACCGAGAGCCGGGAGGAACUGGAGCGUGCCGCCGCGCCGCCCGAGCAGGCGGUACCGGCCGGCCCUGAGGUACCGGUCGGCCAGCCGGUACCAGUCGGGGUGGUGGGGACCGUGGAGGUGGUGGAGCGGCCGCUGCUGUUGUCCGCUCCCGUGCUGGUUAUGGGCGGCGGCGCGGCCGGUCUGCCGCUGCUCCUGCUGCCCUUCUCCCUGGUGAAGGCCCCGGAGACGGGAGCCGUCACUCUGGUGGCGGUCCCGGGCGCCGCCGCCGCCGGCGACCUCUCAGGAGGCGGUACCCGCCGGUCCGGACCCAGCCGCGGUCAGUGGGGUUGA